AUGCCUCAAAAAGUUUCAAUUACACUUAAAAAUAUAGAAGUGAAAAGAAAAGAAUAAAAGUUCAAAAGCAUGCACCCUUGGGCAGUAGUCAUGUUUGAUGGUUAAAAAAAGACAACUUAACCUGUGCAAAAUGGGGAUUUAUAACCUGAAUUUAAUCAGACAUGGGUUUUCCAAAGGAAUUCAGAUGUCAAUAUAACUGUUUCAAUAUAUAAAAAAGAGUAUAUUUAUGACGCCUUGAAAAAUGAAAAAGAAAUAGAUUUACUCAUAGGAAAAGGAAAAUUAAAUAUUCUUUCAGUCCUUAAGAAAGCCAUUCAAUAGCCUUAGGAAAUAAUGGUUGAUUUAGUUUAUGAUUUCGAUAAUAAAUUAGCAGCUUAGGCUUAUCUUACAAUUCAUAUUUAACAAGGUGCCGACUUAGAAGAGUACAGGAACAAAGAAUAAAUUAAAUAAAUAAAAAGUAAAUAUGAAAGCUGCUUAACAGUUACAAAUUUAUAACUGAGUUUAGAUUCUUUUAAGCCUGAAGCUUAUUAUUAUCUCAAAAUCAGGAAUUCAAAUGGUUCUCACAAAACUACACCUCAAAACGGAGGAGCAUCAAUGAUGUUUUAGGGUGACUUUGAUAUCUAUUUUAGGGGAUAAAAGAUUGUUUAUAUUGAUGUAUAAGAAGUUUUAAAAGAUGAAAUAUUAGAUUUUAUUACUGCUGAUGACUUAGUUGGAAUAGGAACACUAGAUUUUGAAAAAGUAGACAUAAAUCAAAGCUAGCAGAGAGCUGUUAUAAGACAUAAAGGAAAAUAAAUUGGAAGUGUUUAAUGUUAAGCUUCUUAUGAAAUAUUUAAGUAAGAACAACCUGAAGAGCACGCAUCUAUGAUUAGAUAAUCUAAUGAUGAGCUGCUAGAAUAAAUUAAAAAUUUAGAAAAGAAAGAUAAAUUCUGGCUUUCUCCAGAAAGGUAUCAACUUGACUUAAAGCUAAAAAAGAAAUAAAUUUUAGAUAGAAGAUAAAUGCUAAUGAAAAAUCGCUCUUCUGCUCCUCAGUUAGGCAACGAAAGCUAUCUAUUUAUGAAGCCUGACGAAAGAAAUAUAGUUUAAAAACCAGAUAUAGUCAUCAGUACAACAACUGUAAAACUGCCUAAACUCAAAACAAAUAACAAUGUAGAAGUCCCAACACAAUACAGUAAAUAAUAUUUCAGAGAUAUUCAUGGAGUAGGCUUUUCGACAGUGGAGAGUUCUUCUUCUUUGUAGAGAAGUGUCCCUAAAUUUUCUAUACCAGAGCAGAAACGUUUUUCAGAUCCAAAAGAUAUCUUUCCAGGUCCAGGUAGAUAUGGUACUAGUGGAGUAGCAAAUGAUUUAUAUUUACCCAAAAAAUUCUAAAAAAUUACUGCAAUAAGUGAAGUUAGAACUACGAAAUAAGAGAGAAAAGAGAGAGUUUAAAUUGAUACCGGACUUAAAAAGCCUAUUGAUAGAUAAUAGUAAUAGACUACUCAAAAUCCAAAGUGA